AUGCCCCCGGAAAUUGACCCUCACAUGACCCCGGAUAGUUUCUUCCACACCUUGUGCGACAAGAAAUCCUCCGGGAGUUUGUCUGGGAGCCCCGUGCUUAUCUACUUCAUCUCCGGCAAUCCUGGCUUGAUAUCAUACUACUACCCAUUCUUCACGCAUCUGAUCGAGAAAUUGAGGGCCUGGAGCUCCGAGGACGAUGCGUGCCCCAGGUUUCACCUCUACGGCCACAGCCUCGCCGGCUUUGAGGUGUCUUCAUCACCGUCCGAUUACCACACAUCACACUAUCACGACCUGGAAGACCAGAUCCGCUUCGUGCAGCGCAAGCUGGACGAUUGCGUGAAUAGCGUUGUUGCAUCGGAGACCUCAGCCUUGAAUCAUGCCAACGAUGAGACAAUCAGACCCCGAGUUAUAUUGAUCGGCCACUCCGUGGGGACCUACAUCGCUAUGGAGCUCAUCCGGCGCCACCGCGAACGAUGCUCAGCAUCAGCAUCAACAUCAGCAUCAACAUCGUUAACAUCAUCCUUCUCAUCAUCAGCCGACCAAAACCACCCCUCCUUCACCCUCACCAGCGGCAUCCUCCUCUUCCCCACCGUCGUCGACAUCGCGAAAUCCCCCUCCGGGAGGAAACUGACCACCCUCCUCAGCAUCCUCCCUCACCUAGCCCUCAUCGCCAGCCUCUUCGCCCGGGUCCUCACGACCCUCCUCCCGGCCUUCCUGCUCCGCACGGUCGUGCGUCUGGCGAUGGGAUCCCCGCCGUCCGACGCCGUGGACACGACGUGUCGAUUCCUCGCGAGUAAGAGGGGGGUAAGACAGGCUUUACACAUGGCCGCCUCGGAGAUGUCCACCAUCAACUCGGACGAGUGGGCCGACGAGGUGUGGGGGAUUGCGUCGACCCCCGAGAAUGAGGAGGGGUUGACGAGGUUAUUCUUCUACUAUGGGCGCGGGGAUCAUUGGGUGGCUGAGGAGACGAGGGAGGAGAUUAUUGCUUUGCGGGGGGGUGGGAAUGGGAGUUCAAGUUCGAAUGGUAGGGCGAAGGGUGGGGAGGGGGAAGGGGGAAGUGGUCCGACGAUGGUGGUUUGUGAGGAGGGCGUGCCGCAUGCUUUCUGUUUGAGGCAUAGUGAGGUUAUGGCGGAGAAGGUUGCUGGGAUGGUUAGGGAGAUUGUGCGGUGA